AUGGGGCUUUCAUCAAACUUAUUUGUUCAAAAGCGAAGCUCAACUAAUAGCUUGCGGCAGCCAAAGGAGCUCGGCCACUAUUCAAAAACUCAGGAUAAUGAGUUUCUGAUAAAUGAUAAUGCUAAAAUGAGCUACUACUACCUUCCUGACACUGAGCUUAACAAAAACCUAGAUCUAUGCGGGGGAAUCAAAAAGUUUAAGGAGUGUUCUGCAAAGAGUGAGUUUGAUGCAUGUACACUGAGUGGUCUUUUGAAAACAGUUCAAGCCUACGAACAACGCAAAAACAAAAAAGUAUCUGCCGACAUUAUUACAUUCAGAGGUGUAAUGCGAAAAUUGAUAUCGAGCGCAUUUGACAGCCCCAAGUUCAACCAUGUUGAGCUUCGUGUCGUAUCUUUUAAUGGCCAACUAUUUAUAAAAGAAGUCAGUCAAGCGCAUCCACCACCUUCCAAUUCGGAUUCCAUGGAGUAUAGAUCAUAUUACAGCGGCUACAAGUUUGAAACCUUAUCCACAAUUUCUAAGCCGCUAGCACAGGUCUCGAGAAGCAGCCUCGAGAAAAGGCACAAGAAGAUAUGUAACAACGGUGACCAAUAUAUCACUGUUGUCAGAUCUGGGGUAGGAAGCUGUAAAUUAGUGCUUGGUGCUGAAGUCGAUUGUGUAUUUGAUUUCUGUGAAGAUUCAACUGAUAAUCUCAAGCACUAUGCAGAGUUGAAGUGCACAAAAGGGGUAUCCACGAUUGCUGACGCUCGUCGUUUUGAAAGAAAGGUUUUUAAAACGUGGUUGCAGUGUUUCUUGAUUGGCAUCAAUCGCAUAAUAUAUGGCUUCAGAGACGACAAUUUUCUACUAAAAAGUGUGGAAGAAUACUCUACACAAGAAAUUCCUCUUCUGCUGAAAAACAACAAUCCUCAAUUGACGAACGCGUGUAUGGAUGCAGUAAGGUGGUACGGAGCUUUGACGGAAUGGCUUCUAGCCACAAUUCCUCGUGAAGAGUCAACGGAAUACCUGAAGGCGUACAGAUUGUCUUUUGAGAAUAAUCAUUUGAAGUUGUCCGAGAUUGAGGAAGGCCAUGAAGAAUAUCCCGAAUUACUUGACGGCGAAAAUGUGUUAAGUCAUGAAUUUCGAGCGUGGAGAAAAGAGCUAGCUACCAUGGCAGCAAAAAAAUAA